UUGUCGCUCGAACCACGGUCACACCAAAAGCUGCUGUGGAAAAACUCAUGCACAAUAGAAAAUAGAAAACGGAAUAUUUCCACAACAAAACCGUAAUUCGGCGCCCCAAAAACCUCAGUAGCAUGUGCAGGAUAGCCCUCGGCGUUGGACUUUAAAGGAAACUAGAGGAAAACCAAGAGCGGAACGACGAAAAAAGAGAACUCUAUUCGUACUCUAUAGAUAGCAUCCAAGGAGAACCACAAAAGGCGAAACCAAAAUGGGAAAUGAAACAUCACUGCCCAUGGAAAUGUGUUCCAAUUUCGACGCCGAUGAGAUCCGGCGGUUGGGCAAACGUUUCCGGAAACUUGACCUGGACAACUCGGGCGCGCUGAGCGUGGACGAAUUCAUGUCGCUGCCGGAGCUGCAACAGAAUCCGCUGGUGCAGCGCGUGAUCGACAUUUUUGACGCGGACGGCAACGGCGAGGUGGACUUCAAGGAGUUUAUCCAGGGCGUGUCCCAGUUCAGCGUCAAGGGCGACAAGCUGUCCAAGUUGCGCUUUGCCUUUCGCAUCUACGACAUGGACAACGAUGGCUACAUUUCCAAUGGCGAGCUGUUUCAGGUUUUAAAGAUGAUGGUCGGCAACAAUCUGAAGGACACGCAACUGCAGCAGAUUGUGGACAAGACGAUCGGCUUCGCGGAUAAGGAUGAGGAUGGAAAGAUCUCGUUCGAUGAGUUCUGCUCUGUGGUCGGCAACACGGACAUUCACAAGAAGAUGGUAGUCGAUGUCUAAAAUAGGUUUAACGCAGAUCCUUUUCUACGCGAUGUUAUUUAUUUAUUUUAUACACGUCGGCAUCCUUCGAUUGUCACUAUCACCACUAUUCAUAUGGUUAUUAUUUUUGAUCGGCGAUUCUCUAGUUAAAUAUUGUUAUGAGCCUUUGGCGAGCCAGUUCAGUCAGUCAGUCAGUCAUUCAGUCAGUACAGCGAUCGAAGGCUUAGGGGAGUAAUCGCGAAUGCAAUGUUGUUAUCCUAAGUUGAAAAGUGGAAUAAUGCGCCUCCUACUUACUUCUUAAAUAUAUACAUCUAUAUACUUAUAUAUAAAUGCAUAUAUAGUCAUAAUUUAUUAUACAAAUAUACAUUUAAAGAAUUCAAAAACCCUAGAAGCAAAACUAAACUAAAGCGGAAACCAACUUCGUGCAAGUAAAGGCAAAUAAAGCAAACCAAGUUGAAUCAAUGCUUUUCGAAUCGGUAAAUGAGAGUUCUCCACUUUCGCUCUAUCAUGUUGAUGUUAUAUUUCUAAUUCUCCUGUGAUUUUGCCAAAAACAAAACAAACAAAACAAAUCGAAAUGCAACAAAUCGAAAUAUGAAGUAUGAUGAGAAGGACACAAGCACGGGGCAGCUAAGCAACCUGCCCGAAGGAGCUCUCCUCUAUUGACUUAGUCUAAUUUACACGUUGUGUACUUUUUAUAUAUUUAUACAUACCUACUUAUACUAAUCGAAUGUUAUAACCUACGUAUUUUUAUAUAUCUUGACUAACUUGAAAACACCAGAGGAAGGCGAAGUUUGCCAAGUUUCUUAAGUCUACCUUAACCAAUUUAACGCCACUUAACUCAAAUUAAACGAUUCUCACGCAGAAUUAUGCCUCGAAAGUUUUCUAAAAUAUGAUAAAUUUUGCAGUUUAUAAAGCGAGUUAACUGAAAAUCGAAUAAUUAUACAUCAAUACAUAUGAAGCAAUGCCGUGCGGUGCGAAGCGCUCUUGCAGUAACAUUUUUUUAUACCUAAUUAUACUAGUUAAAGAUGCAAAAAACCAAAUAGUAAAAAUGCAUGUUACAAAUUUUACAAUUAACAAAUUUUUGCACACUCGCCACUCAAUUUGUUAGCUAAUCAAUUCCAUUGCAUUAUUCAAAGUAAUCGACUCGAGAUCAUAUCUCAUUGUAAAAUGGUGUAGCCAAUUAGCUGGGACUCCAUCGAUAGGCCCGCAUGGAAGGCUCAGCUUGCUGGCCAGUCGAAGCAAUAAUAAGCAAAUCCUUCAAUAAAAUUAUAAUUAUACACUAA